AAUAUAAUAUUAACCCUGAGACCUACAGGCAGAGGUUCAGAUCCCUCCAUGUGGAAUCUGAGGAGAGCCCCCAGGAGCUGUACGGGAGGCUGAAAGAGCUGUAUGUCAAAUGGAUACAACCGCAAGAUGUGUUUGUGGCUGCCCGGGAAAAGGGACAACCAUGGAGUAGUAUGGUUGGGAAGACUGGCAAGGACUGCCAUAGGCCCAUACCCAAUCAGUACCAACAGAGGUCGGCGUCAGGAGCGGGUAAGCCUCCCAUGAGGGACAACCAAUAUCCACCACCCAGAGCUCCUAACAGAAUACCAAUUUGCUACUUUUGUGGACAGGAAGGUCAUAUUAAACCGAUGUGCCCAAAUAAUCCAGUCAAGCUGACCCAGAUGUGUUUUGUUCCACGCCAGAGUGUUAACCCUGAACCCAAAGGUAACCAUACCAGGAAAAUGGUUGGUGUUAAAAUCAAUGGGGUAAACCUCAGAGCCCUGAUUGACACUGGCAGCACUCAUACCCUUGUACAGAGAAAGUAUGUACCAGCUAAUGUUAUCUGCACCUUGGAGACGGUCCCUAUUUGCUGUGUACAUGGUGAUGAGAAGCCUUACCCUACUGCUGAUAUUUAUCUGGAGAUAGAAGGACAGGCUUAUCUGUUAAAUGUGGGAGUUGCGGAUCACUUACCUUUCCCUGUAGUUUUAGGUGAAGACCUGCCCGUACUCUAUGACUUGAUAAAGCCAGUUCAAAGUUGUAAUGUUGUCACUAGAGCACAAGCUAAGGCGGUGGAUGCAGAUUCCAUAGCCCUCAGUUAGGGCUGUGACGAUAACCGCAUCACCGCAAUACCGGCGGUGACGUGCCACUACCGCGGUCAUGACGUCAUCACCGCAUAUUUUUUUGUUACCUUUAGCUCGCGUAACUUACAGGAGAACAGAUAUUGUGUGAUAUGACAUAUAAUGAAAGCAAUAAUCAUUGUGUAGUUACCCUCAUCGACUGUCUUCUAUCCUACAUUCAAGAGUUUAUGGAGAGAAAAAAACCCGCAAGUUGCCCGUCACUUCAGCU